GCGGAAACGAUACAGAGAUGCGGCUGCUGCCUUCACGCACGAGAGAGGUGAGUCGAGCGGGUCAGCUGCUCGCUUCUUGGACACACUGGUGCGGCAUGACCUCAUGAACGAAGAGGACGUGCCAACGCAAGGCAGCGUCCGAAUGCGGUCGCAGAGAGAACGGAAGGCGUGGGCCCAGAACUUGCUCACCGUCAACCUACCUCUAGAGUCAGGCGACGAGUUCCAGUGGCAGGUGCAGUCCCCGCUGCGAGCACUGCAGCUCGCAGCAACUGAGAUCCCCUGGUUUCGGUCCAUGCUCCGGGAUCGCUUGCCCGCGAAUGGCGGGGACGUAGAAGCUCUGCUGUACACGGACGAGGUCGUGCCGGGAGAUGUCUUGCAGCCGAACCCCGCCAGAAGAGCGUACGCGUUCUACAUGACGCUACUGAACUUUGGCUUGCUAACACAGCAUCCGGACUCUUGGCUGACCAUGGCAGUACUGAGAACCAGCGUGGCCCACGCAGCCAGAAGCAGGCUGGCCACGUGUGCGCCGCACCUGCUGCGUGCGUGGAAGCCCGACCUGAACGAGGGUGGCGUCUUGAACCUGGGGGAAGACGAUGCCAGAUGGGUGAGGCUACGCUUCAUUGCGGUCUGCGCGGACGAGGCUGCGCUGGCUGGACUUUUCGGUUUCCGCGGCGCAGCCGGGAGGAAGCCGUGCUGGCUGUGUCGGAAUCUGGUAGCACGCGGGGCCGCCGACCAGGUCGCAGUGGACCUUCCAGGAGGAAGAUGGCACUCGCUCGCGAACCCGUACAUGCGGUCCUUUGAGCGCAAUUCCGACACGGACAUUUGGACAGGCGUGGAUCUACUGACGGCCGAGCAAGACAACAUGUCCAACGCUGCAUUUCAGGAUCUGCAGCGCAACAUGGGAUUGCACAUCCUAGAGGACAGCGUUGUCUGCAACCGAGACGUGCGAGAGCACCUGCCGCCCAGCACAACAUGCUUCGACGUGUUGCACAACUUCCACAGUGGCGGCAUAGUGGCCUAUGAGGUCUUCUCCUUCAGCCGGAGGCUUUGCGAACUGGGCAUCAGUCGAGCGGACCUUGCUACGCUAGUGCCGCGGACUUUUGAGAGUGCCCGCGGAGAGCGCACACUAGAGUCGCUGUGCGCCAAACUGCUCGACGCCUACUUCGGGGAGAAGCAAUGGCGCAUCGACGGCAGCACGCAGCAGUCCAUCCUGCCAUUGCUUCAUUACUGGGCCGUGAACUUUAACGGACCGCAGAGGGCUGAGAUGCGGGCAGAGUUCGAGAGUCUCAUUCUGCUGUGUGAGCGCGUGGUUGCACUGAGCCUGCUACAAUUUCAUCAGCAGGACUUCAUGCUGGACAAAUUGGCUGCGCUGGAGACCGCGCACCACAGCAAGUACUGCGAGGCCUACGGCGAAAGCGCUGUGCGUCCAAAGCACCAUUAUACCUUGCACCAGACCCAGCAGUUUCGUCGUUAUGGUGCAGUACUGGACACGAAAGCUUGCGAGAGAAAGCACCAGGCGAUGAAGGAGGUCGUCGAAAAUCAAAUAACUCGCACAACCUCCUUCGAGUUCACUGUGCUAUCCUGCCUGCGCUUCUGCGAAAAGCAAGAACAAAGCAAGCGCCCGGCGUCGUGGUGGCAGUACACCGUGCAGCGCAAGCCACAGAGAGCCGACGAACUGCGCUGUCCCUUUCAGAACGUGCAGGUGGGCUCGCCGCUGGUGUGGAACUUACGAGAGGGGCAUCUUUGCAUGCUGCUGGAGGAACUGGAAGAGACGGACGAAACCAUAACUCUGGUGGGUCGCCGCGGCGUGCUGAAGGCCGAGCCAGCCUACUGCGUGUGCGAGUGGCAGCUGACAGCAGAAAGAAUCAGCGACACGUUGAAAGCUGGACCGCAACGCUGGCGGCCGAGUCGGUACUGGAGGAAAGCAGGUGAUUCGCUGCUCACAAUCUGGUAG